UGGAGUGUUCGGGGUACGGGUGCGGGUGAGGGUCACAUCUGGACGCUCCCCUGUGCUGCGCGUGGUGAUGGGCGUGGCCUCCAGGCUCUGCGGCUGCAGCUGGACGCGGGGCUGAAGCCAGUGCGCAUGCCCGAGGCUUCUCGACAUGAACGCGGCUUCACGUCUCAAGACAUCUCGCGUCCAGUAAGCAGCAUGGGCAGUGAAGAGAAAUAGAUUUGUUAUCUGCUGUGUGGAGGACAGAAGGUUUGUAAAACCCCAGCACAACUCCUCUCUCUCUUCACACCAGUCCAGCAAGUUUCCAGCACCAUGGCUGAAGAAGACUAUGGCAGCUUUGUGGACUGGAACCAAACGGGGGAUCUGGCCAAGAGUGGUGGGCCCACCAAGGUAGACUGCAAAGACCUGAAAGAGUUUAAGCAGAUGGCCCGUCAGGGUUACUGGGCCAAAAACCACAAACUACGGGCACAAGUCUACCAGCAGCUUAUUAAAGGUAUUCCCUGUCGUACAGUCACCCCUGAUGCAGAGGUGUAUCGUGACAUCAUGGGAAAUUCAGCCACUAAGAAACCUUCCUCCCACAUCCCGCUACCAGAGUUUGUGGAUGGUAUUCCUUUGCCACGGUACUGCCUGAAGUCAGAGGCAGUAGCCUCAGCUCAUCAGAUUAUCAACUGCGUGGCUGGACAGUUUCCAGAUAUCUCCCACUGCCCGUCACUUCCGGCUGUUACUUCUUUGCUCCUGCACUUCAGUGUGGACGAGGCUCAGUGUUUUGAGCACGUCAGCCGCAUACUGGCCUGCAACGAGCCAGGCAAGCGGCUGCUGGACCAGACUUUCCUGGCCUAUGAGUCGGGAUGCAUGACGUUUGGUGACCUGGCCAACAAGUACUGCACAGCUGCCCACAAAUUGAUCGUAGCCACAGCCCAGGAUGUGAUGGAAGUCUACUCAGACUGGCAACGCUGGGUGCUUGGAGACCUGCCUUUCAGCCAUGUUGUCAGGGUGCUGGACGUCUACCUAGUGGAGGGCUAUAAGAUUCUCUACCGUGUGGCUAUAGCUUUGCUCAAGUUCUACUGUAAGCAGAAAGUGGGAGCCCAAGGGGGCCAGCAGCAGCAGGAUUCAAGCAAAGUCAGGGCGGACAUUCAAGCUUUCGUCAAGGGCAUUGCCUCCACCGUCACACCUGAGAAGCUGCUAGAGAAAGCCUUCUCCAUCCGACUGUUUAGCCGCAAGGAGAUCACCCUGCUGCAGCUCACAAAUGAAAAGUCCUUGCAGCAGAAGGGAAUCACUGUCAAACAGAAGCGGCGGAACGUGCAGCUGGCCCUUAACCCAGACACCUUCUCCUCUGAGAUCGUCAGCGCCAAGGAAAUGCGAGACAUCUGGUCGUGGAUCCCUGAGCGCUUUGCCCUGUGUCAACCACAACUCCUCUUCACCACCUCCACUCAUGGUUGCAGCCUGAACAGAUUCUACUCACAUUGUGAAGGCUAUGAACCCACUCUGCUCCUCAUUCGGACCACCGAUGGUGACGUAUGUGGAGCCUUCCUAUCCACAGACUGGGAGGAGCGGAAGAGAGGAGGCAACAAAUUGAGUUUCUUUGGCACAGGGGAAUGCUUCGUCUUUAGGUUGAAGCCAGAGAUUGAGCGCUAUGAGUGGGUGGUGAUCCGCCACCCGGAGCUGGCCUCCUCCAUCAGGGUGCAGGGUGAAGACGACACAGCGUCCUCUGAGGGCCAGAACUCUGACAACAACAGCUUACAGCAGCCACAGAAACCUGCAGGAGAACUGUCGCCCUUCCUCUCCGCUCGCCACUUCAACCUUAACUCCAAGAAUACUUCCAUGUUCAUGGCUGGAAACUUUGACUCCAUCAUCAUAGGGGGAGGUGAAGGCAACGCUCUUUACAUUGACUCAGAACUGAACCAUGGGCGCACUGGCAGAUGUACCACCUUUGACAACCCGCCCCUGUGUGCAGAGAGCUUCCAAGUUUCACUGCUGGAAGUUUGGGGUUUCCAGGAUGCCAUGGCUUCAUAAUGCUGCACAAACACACACACACAAGCUACUCAUUCAUAUUGAUCCAUACAUCUCACACACGUGGAUACAUAGGUGCAUAAAUCAUGAUUAUGUCCAGCAGUAUUUGAGGUGGAAAGCCCAUAUAUGUAAACAGAACUACAUCCGUCCUACAAAUUCAUAUAUGAUUAAU